AUGUCUACGGCGCUUCAAGACAAAAGUAUUGAGGUCGAGAAGAGUUCAACCCUCUUCUCUCUCAUCGAACAACAUCAUUUGAGCGAAAAAUCGGUCGCUCGAAAAAGCGACCUUAGUAAGUUGUCGACCAAUGAGUUUGCAGCGUAUGGUGUGGAACAUUGUGCCGAAUUGGAAUACCGUGCAGAAUUGGCUCGUCGAAUUGCUGACACGUUUGAUAAAGCCGAUACGAUACUUAUGUUCGACAAUAUUAUCCCCUCCGGUCUUGACGGAUUAACAGGGGAUGACGUUUCGGAUUCCGAUCGAUCCCUGUUAUCCGCCUUAUGGUUGUCAAUUGGUUUUCGCCAUGGUGGGAAAGUUCUUAUCUAUGCACCGCCCAACCCAGUCGAAAUGAAAAGCUAUUUGAAACUGAAGAACAUUGUCGAACAACGGUUACAAAAGCAGGUUCCUAUUCAAAUCCUCCACGAGACGGAAAAAUGUAAGUGA